CCUCCCUCUCCACUGACUUAAGUUCCAUCUCAUCUAGCGUCUCGGUCCAUCAAUUCUCUGUCCAGACCCUCGUCUCAUCACCUAUCAAGCGAUACCAGAAUCGUCCAUCAUGGCGACGGCCCGGAGACCGUACCCCAGAACUCGCCUGAGGCGGAUCAUCAAGGCGCACUCGGGGCUGAAGCUCUCGAAGAAUGCCGAUGUGUUGAUCUAUCUCAACUAUACGAUGUUCAUGAAUGCAUUGGUGAGAGAGGCUGCCAUUCACGCCAGGCAGGCGGGAGAGCGUUCAUUUACGCCCAGGAACAUUAUGAAGGCACUCCCUGAUGUUUUGGCCAGGUUCAAAGGCUGAAUGUCGACCUGCAGCAGCCGAGCUGUGUGGCAUAGAUCCUCUCAUACUGCCGCUGCUAGCGAUGCUCCAUAAAGGCCGGAGCGUUCGCUGAGGAUAAUGGUAUUGGGCUUGGGAUAACAAGAAACAAUGGCUAAUUUAAGAGUGCUAGAUGCAUUCUUUUGGCAUCUGCUGGACCUGUAAUGAAUCUCGGGGCUCCAUCGUGAGAGGUCUGCUGGCUACUUUAGAUACCCACAGCAGGGCGACUUACAUGAAUGCGCAUAGAGUAGGGGCAUGCCGAGUCUACGGGUAAAAUAGAGCAUAAAUAGGACAACAUACACGAGCCGAUUGCAAUGAGCCGUCUAUUCAUCUAAUCCCGAACGGUAUCUACC